GAUGAUUGAACUUGUCUUUGUCUGGCAGCUGAAGAGUAAGACUGGUACUUGUGGCUAAUCCCAUUUCUUCUUCAAGGAAUAUAUUGGAGGUAACUGUAAUCCAAGAUGGCUGAUCAAGAACUAGAAGUACAAGUAAUCGCAGAGAUGGAGGAGGAGGAGGCAGAGACGCAGCAAGAGGAAGAAGACGAUGUACCUCAAGUAGAAGAACCCCCGAUUUCAACAGCUGAAGAGCCUGCAGAAGAUGCAGAGCCUCCAGCUGUGGAUGAAGAUAUGACCGAUGAAUCCAAACCUAAAACAAAGGUGUUUGCACCACCGCUGACUGUGCCAAAGAUACCUGAGGGAGAAAAGGUUGACUUUGAUGACAUCCACAGGAAGCGUCAGGAGAAAGAUAUGACUGAGCUGCACUCUCUGAUCGAGGCACAUUUUAUUCAGAGAAAGAAGGACGAGGAGGAGCUCAUCACUCUCGUUAACAGGAUUGAGAAGCGUCGUGCUGAGAGAGCUGAACAACAGAGGACCAGAGCUGAGCAGGAGAAGGAGAGGCAGACUCGUCUGGCUGAAGAAAAGGAGAGGAAGGAACAGGAAGAGGCUCGCAAGAAGCAGGACGAGGACGCCAAGAAGAAGAAGGCUCUCACAAACAUGACUCAGCAGUACUCUGGCUUCCAGCAGAGGCAAGACGGAAAGCGGGGAGCAAAGAAGCAGACCGAGAGAGAGAAGAAAAGAAAGAUCCUGGCGGAGAGGAAGAAACCUCUCAACAUCGAGCAUCUCAGUGAGGACAAACUGAAGGAAAAGGCCAGUGAACUCUAUCAGUGGCUGUGGAUGCUGGAGGCUGAGAAGUUUGACUUCACCAAGAACCUGAUGAGACAGAAAUAUGAUAUCAAUGUGCUCCAGGUUCGCGUUCAGAACACCCAGAGUGCCAAAGGAAGAGGAAAGGCCAAGGGCAGGGUGAGAUAGACGGAAACAUCGACAUAGGAGGAGCCGUCUCACCACAAGUGCCGGUGUUGAAUUUGAUGUCAGUUGGCGCUUCACUAAACACAACUUUGUGUCUUAGUCUACAAUCGGCCGCAGCAGCUUUACGAACAAUAAACGGACC